UUAUUUUCAAAUCAAGUAAUCAGUGCACACACAACAGCAGAUGUAAGACAAGUGAAUCUUCAUGAAAUGGAAGCCUAUGCAAAAGUUUUUUUUUUUUUUUUACUACACAUUUAACCAACUUAAUCAUAGAGGGGUUUUAAAUCACUUCAACUCCCAAAGAGAAAAUGUUGAACAUAUUGCUCAUAUUUAAUCUCAACAUUACUGACUGUUGAUUAUGGUGACACCACACCUUCAAAAUGCAGAAAAGCACACUGCGUUGUAUGUCUGGGAACACAUUGCUAUAACACUUGUUUCAGGGGGUGCGCUUUAUGUAUGUGCACCGCCAUUUUUGUUGUGGUUGCUCAGAUGUCAUAGAAACCUCAAAUCAGAAGAAAUAUUUGAUUAGCUACGUUUAUCAGUUGAACAUACAACCUAAAUUAAAUGACAGGGUUUCACCAGACCCGGAUAGUUUUGUUUUGACAUACAGCGCGAAAUGAAUUCUGAUCGGUUUGCACUCUCAUUUGAUGACUAUCUGGCUGAGAAGAAUGUUCUCCUCUAUCUGAAUGAUGCAGUUACACAACUUCUUGAACAUAAGGAGGAAUACACUCAGUUUGGAGUUGUUCGUUACUUUGCUGAGUACUUCAACAGCGUGAAGAAUGGCAACCAUGUCCUUUUCAGAGAGUUCAACUAUAUAAAAGCCUCACCACACAACCGUGCGUCUUUCAUCAGGAUAUUCUGGAGAUGUUUCAGGCAAAUCGGAAAAAAUGGAGAUCUCCUGGCAGCAAUGGAGUACAGCUCACUCCUGCAACUUUUAUGUCCAGACUUUCCAACAGAGAUGGUACAAAAUGCAGCCAGGAUUGUGCUGAUUGAUGAUGCAUUGGACAGCAUGAUGUCUUUCUCAGACUUCUUGUAUUCUUUCCAAAUCCAGUUCUACUUUGAGGAGUUCCUGGAGAGUGUGUCGGUGAUUUAUCAGGACCUUCUGUCGGGCAAGAGUCCCAACACUGUGAUUGUCCCCACCUCGUCCUCAGUUGAGCAGCUGAACAGCGUGGCUGAAGAUGAGACCAAAGCACAGGAGGCUGUGGAGUCAGCCAUCUUUGCAGAAUGCAUCGAGGCCCUGUGUGAGAGGCUCAAGCAUAAUCACCCCUCCCCCUCUACAGUCAGAGAGAUACUGGCAAAUUCUCAGCGGGUCUCCUUCUAUGGCUUCCUAAUGGCCAUGACAAAAAGUGAAGAGAUCAAUCAGGAUAUCGGAGCUUUACCAAAUAAGUCAGAACUGCUCAUCGACCCAGAGAUGGACCUGGAGCUGGAGAGACUCAUAGCACAGAUCUCGGUCAGCCCCACCUCCAACAGCAGCGGGAGUACCACGGGUCUCAAAGAGCUGCCCAAGAAGGCCUCGCCACGCAAGUCCCUCCACCACCGCAAGAGGAUCGAGAUGGAGAGCGACGGUUCCACAGAGGAGACCGACUCCUCCGAGAACUAGCGCCUCACACUUGCAUGUCCCCGUGACACAGGCACGUGGCCACACCACACCUACAGCAUCAACAGAACUCAGCAUUCAUGUCAGUAGAGGCAACAUGAUAUUCUCCAAUGGCACGAGACCGCUUAGCUUUUGGAGAACUAACCAGUAUACCUAACUAGAAUUUGAGCUAAUUGCCCAACUCCUUCCAUUCCUGAUAUUAAUGUGUACAUUGCAUAUUAUACAGUGCAAAGUUCCUAUUUGUAUUUUUUGAGUGUUAACUAUUUAUUCUGUUGUGUUAGCUAUUUAUUAUCUGAUUAUGUUACAUCACCACUGGAAUGUCAUUGCAUUAAAGAGAUUUGCACCUAC